GUCGAACUCAUGUCCUUUCUGACUCGGUGUUGCGCCCAAGCGGGCAGGAACCCCUUCUCGCCCUUCGGCCUCGGGUCUAUUCGUACAGCAACAAAGAGAGCUGGAGGAACUGUUAACAAUCAUGGUGGUUCACCAGGUCAACGGCUGGGUGUAAAGAAGUUCUCAGACGAAUAUGUGAUCCCUGGUAACAUUAUCGUUAGACAACGCGGCACCUUGUUCCACCCAGGUCAACACGUCGGAAUGGGACGCGACCACACGAUUUUCGCAACUGCACCUGGUUAUGUGCGCUUCUGGAAGGAGAAGUACAUGCGCGGAGAACGGAGAUACGUUGGCGUGGUGUUGGAGAAGGGAGACAAGCUUCCGAGGAAUGAAGCCGAGCGAGGUACCAGCAGAUAUUGCCCAUUCGUCAACCUCAACCACUUCCCGCAAAAAGGCCAGCCAGUUUCCUCAUAACCCCUCCUCGUACCGUCGCGUAAGCUAUAGUAAUCCGUAAUCAUCUAAUAGAGCAUGCUUGCAGCCAAA